AUGACGACCUCCUUCCGCUCUCUGCCUAUCAUCGAUUUCAAGGCUCUCCAGGACGAGCAGACGAAAUCCGAAGCUCUUCAAGAGUUGAAGCAUGCCCUUUUCAGUGUCGGAUUUCUGUACCUCGCCAACACAGGGCUGGAGGAUUUGAUUAAAGAAACGCACGAUGCGCUGCCGGCCAUCUUCGAACUGCCCGAUCAAGUCAAGGAAAAAAUCAACAUGAUCAACUCUCCCUCGUUCCUGGGCUAUACAGCACUAGGCGCCGAGACAACGGCCAAACGGACGGACUUGCGGGAAUUUCCGAGCGACGAGGUGGCGCGCCUGGUCAACCGCUACAUUCAUGAGCUCUCUGUGCUCUCAAAGGCCUUCUUGCAAUCUGUUUCCGAAUGUCUUUCAUUACCUCAAGACACCUUGGAGCCUUUUUUGGGCGCCAUGGACCGCUUGAAGUUCGUCAAAUACCCCCCGGCGGAACCAGGAUCACAAGGCGUCGGCCCACAUAAGGACUCGUCAGGUCUCUUUACGUUCCUUUCGCAAGAUUCGGUGGGUGGCCUACAGGUAUUGAAUAGAUCGGGGGAGUGGAUCGACGCGCCGUACAUUGAAGGCACACUCGUUGUCAACAUUGCACAGGGCCUAGAAGCGAUAACGGGUGGACGAUGUCCCGCAACGAGCCAUCGAGUCAUUUCACCCACGAGGACCACCCGUUACAGUGUACCAUUCUUCCUCGGAGUCAGACUGGAUCUCACCCUGGACCAGUUGAAAGAAUCUGCGGCGGACAUUGUGCGUCAGAUACCUGGGACGGCGGAGAGGAAAGUCCCUUCCGCCGAGGUCGCCAGCGAAUUCCUCUCUCCGCUCUACUCUUGUUUUGGCGAGGCGCACCUGAGGAAUCGUAUCAUCAGCCAUCCAGACGUUGGGCAAAGAUGGUAUCCGGAUCUGUACGAAAAGUAUUCUCAACUCGUCUGA